AUGUCCUUUUGUCUGGUUGAAGAAGAAUCUUUUCUUGGCGAUUACUGGAACCUCAGCUUGUUUGAGAGCAUCCCACAAUGCAACUUCGUGGAAGAACACGAAGAGUUCGGUCUUGGGCAAGCAGCAAUGGAGCAAGAAGGCCAUGGGUCUACAAGAGAGAACAUCGAAGAGUGCAGUUUCAACAUUGACGAGAUCUUCGAGGACUUCAAUUGCCACAAGGAGGAGCCAAACCGUGAUCAGGGAGUGAUGGAAAUCGCAAACAAGCUUCCCGGGAGUCAACACAUCCGGCCAUUGGGAGACGAGAAGACCGUCUAUGUACGAGGAAGGAAGGAAGGGAGCGAAGGAAAGGUCGUUGAGAUCACUAGGGAGAUCCUUCAGGAGUUCUAUGGACAGAAGAUAGAAACAGUGGCUUCCCACCUGGGAGUAGGCAAGUCCACCAUGAAGCUCGCCUGUCGCAGACUGGGGAUCCACAAGUGGCCUUAUACGAACAAGGGGGUCCGGAGGUCGGCUGACUGCCCGUACGGACGAUGGAGCCUGAAGAACUCCUGCUGA